UCGCUUGGCGUUCUGUAAAUUCAUGGUGAAAAAGUCAACUUUACUGGUUCUCAAUGAACCUACCAAUCACUUGGAUAUACCUACAAAGGAGAUGCUUGAGGAAGCUAUACAAGAGUAUGAAGGUACUGUCAUUACAGUUUCCCAUGAUCGGUAUCUUGUUCAUCAAAUAGUUAACAGAGUGAUUGAGGUGAAGGACGGAAAUCUACAAGAUUAUGUUGGGGACUACAAUGUAAGUCUUGAAUUGCUUCACUUUAUAUGAUUCUGGUUCUUUUUAUUUGGCUUCAAUUUUGGUUUGUUUUGUGUUGUUCAUUUCUUUUGUUGUGGGAAAUAUUCCUGGGCUCAUUUUAGUCAAGUCAGAGCUAUAGGAUGUGUUUGACAGGUGAAUUAUCUACGGAAUUUGCUUUCCUUUCCUAAUAUUAUAUACUGGAUACUCCUACUUUUACCCAGAUAACUAAAUUUUUAUAGACAAAAGAAACUAUUCCAAUUGGUCUCCUCGAAAUGUCUUUUGAGUUUUUCUACCGGUUAAAAUACAAAUGCACUUUGCUAUAGUUAUACAAACUGAUCACUUUGACAUGUGGACCCUGUUUGGGUUUGAUACACCUGAUCUUUUGGUUAGUGCCAAUUUCUGCUGUGCUAAAUGUAUAAAUUUGCUGGUAAUGUAUUGUAUUAUCUUGUUGUGUAUACAUUUUGCAUGAAAAUAUUGGCAUUUUUCUCUGAACUCAUAAUCUCUCAUAACCUCUCUAUGGACUCUCUCAGAAUAAUGCGUGUUAUGCUAACUAUUGUUGUCUGGUGUACAUCUAUAGCUGCAUUAGCCUGCAUACAUAUGAAAAAUAAAAAAAAUUAAGAACGGUGACUAAUUAACCAAAAAAUUUAUCCUUUUGCUCAUAUGAAAGAACGAGAAGGGGAAAACUGUAAAAGUGAGGGCAUUGGAGCCUUUUAAAUGGUGUUUUAAAUAUUGAUGUUGUAGACCUAACUAUUUCAGAGAUUUGUAAGGCUUCUAAGAAUAUAGUUGAUGGCAU